AUGACACCAAACUACGAAUCCUGGUCAAAGGAUGAGCUGAUCGCACGACUCAGAGAGGUGGAGACAAAAAAGCACGCCAAGUCAACUCACUUACCAACAUCUAAAAAACCAUUCCAUUUUUCAUCCCACCCGAAGCGCAAGAUCGCUAUCAAGUUCUGUUACUCGGGAUGGGAGUAUAAUGGGCUGGCGUAUCAAAACGGUCCUACGCCUCUUCCAACGGUCGAGGAUGUCUUGUUUAAAGCCUUUGUAAAGGCAAGGCUCGUCGAUGAAACUGGCGGCUUGGAUGGCUGUGGAUGGGAGAAAUGUGGAAGGACAGAUCGAGGGGUGAGCGCUGCUGGUCAGGUAGUUUCGUUGUGGGACACUCCCCAAAACACCUCACUCCAGCCUUCUACGAAAAACGAGCUCCGCUACGUAUCCAUCCUAAACCGCGUACUCCCCCCUACAAUCCGCGUCCUAGCAUGGUCUCCCAUCUCCCCCAAUUUUUCCGCCCGCUUCAACUGCAAACACAGACACUACAAAUACUUCUUCACCUCUCAUGGACUCGACGUAUCCCUCAUGCAAUCAGCUGCAAACCGUCUCAUCGGCGAACAUGACUUUCGCAAUUUGUGCAAGCUUGAUCCAGGAAAACAGAUCACCAACUUUCACCGCUGUAUCGUCCGCGCACAGAUCAAUCUAGUCUCACCAGAGUCUGAUGGCGAUAACCGUGUAUACGUAUUCGAUCUCGUAGGAUCAGCUUUCCUAUACCAUCAAGUUCGACAUAUCAUGGCCGUCCUUUUCCUCGUCGGAACAGGACUCGAACAACCGUCCAUCAUAUCAACCCUCAUGAACGUCUGUCAUGCAGAAUCUGAUUCAUUACCCGAGUCUCAGUUGCCACUGGUGGAUCGCAAACCCGAGUAUCAGAUGGCAGACGCUCUCCCUCUCAUGCUCUGGGACUGUGCCUACGCAGAUUCAGAUGUCACAUGGCAAACAGACGACGACGGUACAGAGAGCGGCAGUGGCUCAGACCUCUAUCACCAACUCCAUUCUAUACAUCAACGCUCCCUCAUCCACACAGUCCUAGACGAGCACUUUCUUACAGCUGCUACCCAAUAUCAUUCUCCACCACCUCAAUACUUCCCUUUCAGUCAGACAGGACUGACACCUCACACGCUCCCUCGUUCGAACUUGGGGCGAGAACCGGUCCUUGGUGCCCCACUCGGUGCAGGGACGUACAAGCGCAGCGCAAAGUACACGCCUUUGUUGGAGAGGAAGAGACUUGAUCACGUCGAUGUGGCCAACGAACGAUGGCGAAUUGGCAGGGGGAGCAAGUAUAGCAAGCAAAAGACGCCUGACGAUGGAAUUGAAUGA